AUGGUGUUCCAACCCCCCAUCAACGAGCCGCCGCUGCACAAGAUGGGGUACUUCCCCAACAUGACUAUGGCGCUGCCGUCCGAGUCGGGCGAGUUCCGGCGCGUGCUCUGGACCGGGCGGUAUUCGCAGGUGGUCAUCAUGACGGUGCCCGUGGGUGGAGACAUUGGCAACGAGGUCCACACGGUGGACCAGAUCUUCACUUUCACCUCGGGCACCAGCCUCGCACAGGUGGGUUCCGAUGAGCAGGCCGUCAAGGCAGGCGACAUGGUCAUUCACAAGGCCACCACGGUGCACAAGACCAAGUAG